CUCCCUCCAUUUUUUUCCCCUCUUUAUCCACUAUUCUCUCCUCCUUUAAACUAACCACCUUUCUUAUAUAUGUAUUUAAAGGAGAGAUUUGAGUUAGUUUAUUCUAUGCACAUUCAUUGUUAGAGAUAGAGACCUCGUCCCUUUCCCCGCUCUCACGUUUCUGCGAAAUUUUUGUAUCUCUUUCUCUAUCUCCAUCCGCAUUUCGCAGAAAACAAAGAAGUAUUUUGAUAUCUUCAAACGAAAGUUUCUUCUUCAUCAUUUUGAUCUAUAUUAAUAAACAGGAAUUUUUGGCGGGUCCUUGCUAUAGAGAUUAAGGAUGUUAGGAGAUUUCAUCACCAGAUGUCUUGUGUUGCUUUUUGGGUAUGCAUACCCUGCUUUUGAAUGUUUCAAAUCUAUAGAGAAGAACAGAGUUGAAAUUGAAGAACUUAGAUUCUGGUGUCAAUAUUGGAUAAUCAUUGCACUUCUUACUGUUUGUGAGAGGAUAGGGGAUAUAUUUAUUUCAUGGUUACCAAUGUAUGGUGAGAUGAAGUUGGCAUUCUUUAUCUACUUGUGGCAUCCAAAAACAAAGGGAACUGGCUACAUCUAUGAAACUUUGCUGAGGCCUUUUGUAGCAAAGCACGAAACAGAUAUCGACAGGAAGCUACUGGAGUUGAAGGCUAAAGCCUGGGACUUUGCCAUUUACUAUUGUCAAAACUGCACAAAACUUGGGCAGAAUACAUUCUUUCAAGUUCUUGAGUACUUGGUUGCUCAAUCUGGAAAAUUUUCAGGCACAACUGCUAAGAAGGAAAGCAACCAUGAACCAAGCGUACCCUCAGCACGGAGUAUAAGUGAAUCACCCUCAAUGAGCAAACAUAAGAACAGCAAGUGGCCACCAAGACCCCCACCACCGCCCAGCAGCAGCAUCAACCGUGCAGUUUCGGAGUCACCAAAAUCCAAUCAAGUCCAAGUCCACCACCACGAACAAACAGAACAAGUACACUCGGUGGACCCAAGCACCGUCCCUGAACCUGAUGCCAUCAAUGACAAGCUCCAACAGGCCCGAAAUAGGCUCCGCCGUUCUAAGCCAAUCCAAAACUGAAGAUUGUAACCAAUUGUACAAAAAAAAAAAAAAAGCGAAACCCUUGAAAAGAGAAGAAAUUUGUUUUCUUCAAUUCUGAAUUCAAUUUGAUUCAUUCUUUUUCUUUUUCUUCCAAUACAGAUUUGUUUGUCUUUGUAA